UGUAGGACCUAGUGUCAAGUGGGGAGCAGGCAGAAUUUGGAAACCCAUGUCUUGCUUUGGAGGCAAAGGAUUGGUUUAGUGGUAACUUGGCAGUGCCGGGUUAAUGAUUUGACUUCAUGAUCUUAAAGGUCUUUUCCAACGAAAAUGAUGCCAUGAUUCAGCAAUGUGGUGGGCAUUCACCUGUGGGAAUGAGAGAAUUUCACCUUAUUGACUCAAUAUAAUUCCCAUUACAGAGCUAGGGGCCUGUCUGUCUGAAUUGCGGAAUCCAGGUGCGUGCUUGUGUGCAAGAGGGAGCAACGAGGAUAUUUUGGGAGGCCUAAUGAGUGAGCAGAAUAGGUCACGUAUUCCUCGUUCCCAAUCUCUAAUUCCCACAUUCCCAUGUCAUCCUACCAUCUCAAAAAAUGCAGGGCUUCGUAUUGCAUGCUGUGCGUAGUGCUUAUGAUUUCAGUACUCCUACAAGCCUGUAGGUCCUGAAGCAUAAGUCAGAAGUUGAUGUAUAGCAUUUCUAAAGAAAGAUUUCUCUUAGUAACCUUUAUGGCCCUCAUGGCUGAAUAUGAGCUUCCUAUGCAUCUUUACAUCUAGCACAAGUGCCACCGUGGCAUUAAUACAUAUUUUUCUGUAGCUUCUAAUAGAAUUUGGGUAGUGGGUGUGGCAGGGAAGCCUUGCUUUUGGACAGAGGGAUUAGUGGCUUUUGUUGAGCAACCGCUUUUCUAGCAAAGGGCACAAAAAUGAAAAGGUUGGGAAAGGCAUGUUUGGUUCAGAAGGGCAUAAUUCUGUUUCUAAAUGCUUUGCUCCCCUCUUUCCGUGGCGCCCCUCCUCACGCAUGCCUUAAAUCCGCACCUCACCGCUCUGCAUUUCUUCCUCUGUGUCUCUCUUAGAGCUCUGAAUUCAUUAUAUGGAGUAGUGUAAAUCAAUAGUAAAUGCUAACCGCCCACUCGGUACUCAGUUACGCAAUAUCACAUACCGUGUACACAGAGACAAAAAGGGAAAAAGCACACACAGGCUUUACAUUCAAAAGCUCUUGCAUAAUUCUGCUUCUCUACAGCCAAAAAAAAAAAAAAAAAAAAAAAAAAAAAAGAAAAAAGAAAAAAAAAAGGAAAUAACAGAUGGGGAGACUUGCAGUUAUUUUCCCUUUUCUCAGACCGUACAGAGGGGAGUUAGUUUAACAUCCAUGGUCAUUUCUAAUUGCCCCGUGCUGCAGAUAAGCAAGGCAGACUUGCUUGUGCUUUAAAAUAAGAGUUUUUUCCAGCUUCCAUGAUGUGGUGCACUUUUCAGCAGUGGUUGGCAGUUUUCCUCAACUUCGCAAGAGAGAGAGAGAUUUGGUUGGAAUGAAACCUUGCUCUCCGUACAGCCUGCUUGAGAUACAGCAUUGAAAGAUCACUCACAAGCAGUUUGUGGCAUUCCUCUGAAGGAGCCUUUCCUGUCUCUUGUACACAGCCUCUCUCUGUUCCCUGCCCCAAUGAACGUCUGCACUAAGUCCAAGGCUUGGAGUAAUUUACCUGAAGAGUGAUACCAUUUGGAAACCACUGAAGAAACCCAAGACAGCUGAAAACCAGAAGGCGUCUGAGGAGAAUGAGAUUACUCAGACGGGUGCAUGCAGCGCCAAGCCAGGCCUUCCCUGCCUGAACUUUGAAGCUGUUCCGUCUCUGAGCCCAGCCCUCAUCCACUCACCACAUUCACCAACAAACCUGCACGCACACACAGGGUCAUCUGAUUGUAACAUCAGUUGCAAGGGGAUGACAGAGCGCAUUCAUAGCAUCAACCUUCACAAUUUCAGCAAUUCUGUGCUCGAGACCCUCAACGAGCAGCGCAACCGUGGCCACUUCUGUGACGUGACGGUCCGCAUCCACGGGAGCAUGCUACGCGCCCACCGUUGUGUGCUGGCGGCUGGCAGCCCCUUCUUCCAGGACAAGCUGCUGCUGGGCUACAGUGACAUUGAGAUCCCCUCAGUGGUGUCAGUCCAGUCUGUGCAAAAGCUCAUUGACUUCAUGUACAGCGGGGUGCUGCGGGUCUCACAGUCGGAGGCCCUCCAGAUCCUCACAGCUGCCAGCAUCCUGCAGAUCAAGACUGUGAUUGAUGAGUGCACAAGGAUUGUCUCACAAAAUGUGGGAGAGGUCUACCCAGUGAUUCAGGAUUCUGGCCAGGAGACACCCAGGGGAACACCCGAAUCAGGCACCUCGGGGCAGAGCACCGACACAGAGUCUGGCUACCUGCAGAGCCAUUCACAGCACAGCGUGGACAGGAUCUAUUCAGCCCUCUAUGCCUGUUCCAUGCAAAAUGGCAGUGGGGAGCGCUCCUUUUACAGUGGAGCUGUGGUCAGCCACCAUGAAACAGCCCUGGGGCUCCCCAGGGACCAUCAUAUGGAAGAUCCCAGCUGGAUUACCCGCAUCCACGAACGGUCGCAACAGAUGGAGCGGUAUCUCUCCACCACUCCAGAGACUACACACUGCCGCAAGCAACCACGCCCUGUCCGAAUUCAAACCCUGAUGGGCAACAUCCAUAUUAAGCAGGAGAUGGAGGAUGACUAUGACUACUAUGGCCAACAAAGGGUGCAGAUCCUUGAACGCAAUGAGUCCGAGGAAUGCACCGAGGACACUGACCAAGCAGAAGGCACUGAGAGUGAGCCCAAAGGGGAGAGUUUUGACUCGGGAGUCAGUUCCUCCAUUGGAACUGAGCCUGAUUCCAUGGAGCAGCAGUUUAUGGCUGGUCUGGGCCGAGAUGGGCAGCAAGAACCUUCUCAAGCAGAUCAAAAUGAUGCCCCUGCUGAUGGCACUCAGCCGCAGCAGCAGCAGCAGCAUGUAGAUGCCAACUCUUCCUCGCCAGAGAGAAGCAAUGACGUUGAAAUGGACAGCAAAGUGCUCACAGUCAAUAACAGCACCGAAAAGGGGGCUUUGCAGCCUUCUGUCAACACAACUGUUGCCCAACCGUUGCCAACCACACAGAUAUACUUACGCCAGACAGAAACCCUCACCAGCAAUCUGAGGAUGCCACUGACUCUGACCAGCAACACUCAGGUCAUUGGUACAGCUGGCAACACCUACCUGCCUGCCCUUUUCACCACACAGUCUGCUGGCAGUGGCCCUAAGCCUUUUCUCUUUAGCCUGCCCCAGCCUUUAGCUGGCCAACAGACACAGUUUGUCACAGUGUCCCAGCCUGGCCUGUCAACCUUUACUGCCCAGCUGCCAGCCCCACAGCCCUUGGCCCCAUCUGCGGGCCACAGCACAGCAGGUGGGCAAGGCGAAAAAAAGCCUUACGAGUGCACUCUCUGUAACAAGACUUUCACCGCCAAACAGAACUACGUCAAGCACAUGUUUGUACACACAGGUGAGAAACCCCACCAAUGCAGCAUCUGUUGGCGCUCCUUCUCUUUAAAGGAUUACCUAAUCAAACACAUGGUGACGCACACUGGCGUGAGGGCAUACCAGUGCAGUAUCUGCAACAAGCGCUUCACCCAGAAGAGCUCCCUUAAUGUGCACAUGCGCCUCCACCGCGGGGAGAAGUCCUACGAGUGCUACAUCUGCAAGAAGAAAUUCUCCCACAAGACCCUGCUGGAGAGGCAUGUGGCUCUGCACAGCGCCACCAACGGCACACCCGGAGCCACCGGCACUGGCGCCAGGGCCGUCCCUGCUGGCGUGGUGGCCUGCACGGAGGGGACCACGUACGUCUGCUCUGUCUGUCCAGCUAAGUUUGACCAAAUCGAGCAUUUCAACGACCACAUGAGGAUGCAUGUGUCAGACGGAUAAGUAGAAUCUCUCUCUCUCUCUUUGUUAUGAACAAAAAAAUAGAAACAACAAAAAAAGCUAUGGCACUAGAAUUUAAGAAAUGAUUUUUGUUUCAUUUUUACCUUUAUUUUCCUCCUUUUUUUUGGGUUCGUUUCAUUUUGUUGUUUUUGUACUACAUGAAGAACUGUUUUUUGCCUGCUGGUACAUUACAUUUCCGGAGGCUGGGUGAAUAAUAAUUUUCCCAGCCUCCCUUGGAUGGUGGCCUUAAGGCCAGGUAGUGCUUCAUGAGCUCCACUGGUUGGAUCUCUAGCUACUGGCCUCUAAAUACAACCCUUCUUUACUACAAAAAACAAACAACAAAAAAAACACAAAAAAAAAUCAAAAAACAGACAGAAAAAAAAAACAACAAAAAAACAAUUUCUUUUUUCUCACUUGUGAAGAGCACUACAAAAACGAAACAAAACAAAGUAUAUUACAAAUCUACAAGGCCUACUGUCGUUAUAAGUACACCGCUCGCAGUGUUUCAAUGGACAUAAUUCACAAUGCUGACCGCUUUUGGACUUCACAGUAUCCAGUUAGAACUGUGGAAUAUUUUGCUUCUGGUUGAACAGCAACCAGAGGAAACAAGGCCCUGCUGGUUUCCACCACGUGUCUGCUUUCUCACACACACACGCAUCCACAAACACACAAAAGGGCUGAGGGGAGUGCAAGGCAGUGUGGCUUGGAUAGUGUGGAGUCCCUGCAGAGUGAGGAAAAAGAAUCAGAGGUUCCUCACCUGGAUUCUGCUCCAUCCCAUGCUCCCUGGCGCACCCUCCCCACUGCUUUUCCCAUACCACCACCACCACCUUACAGCAGAAACCAAGAAGAUUCAGACAACGAGCAACGGUGGCUUUUUUGUAAUUUAUUCAGUGUCUUCGCUGAGCCCAGGGCCUCAGCACAAUCAAGAGGGACUUUCACAGAAGGCAAAGAGAAACACAGAGGAAAAUCAAAGAUAUCAGAGGUUGCAACCUAUGGAUCUAGGUACAAGAGAAGGGUUAGUUCCCACAAUCUUUGCAAAAAAAAAAAAAAAAAGUUGCAUCAGGAUUUAUUCUUGUGGA